AUGAGAUUUCUUGAUCCCUUGCAAGCGUACCGAUGUGCUGUUGGCAACAUGUACAUCCAGAUGGCCUUUGCUGUGUGCAUGACUUAUCUAAUCAUUAGAGGUGAUUUCGAUUUAGACAGCCAUAAUCAUUCUAUUCUUUAUACAUUGUGUUCUCACUAUCUAUGCUAUGGCAUUGAUUUCGUUCGAAUGAUCUAAAAGAAAGCUUUCCAUGGCUCAGGCCGUAGACUUGCUUAUCCUUUGGGCUUUAUAAAUGCUGCUCUUUAUCAAUUAGCCAUAUACUAUGCUUAAGCUUAGUACUUUAGAAACUAUCAGACGCUUAAAGCAGGAUAUCAACUAAAAGAUUAGAAAGCAAUGAGCACUAAACCUGAUGAUGACCCUCAAAUCUGUGGAAUGAGUUAUAGCUGGAUGCAUGUUCCUCAAGAAGGGGAGACUUUAUCUAAUUUUGAAAAGAUAUAGGCUAACAUCAAUGCUAGUGAGUGGUUGCUGCUUGAGAUAACUUUCUAUUACAUAUCAGUUUUUCUCACCAUUAUUUUCUUAUUCACUUAGCAUCUAUUUAAGGUACAGCCUACCCAUUAGGAUGAUGAUGAAAUGAAAGUUUUUGGGAUGUGUGAAGGUGGUUUAGGCAAUGAGACAGUCCAAUAUGUUGAUGCUCAAAAGAACUUAACAAAGAAUUCCAGCAUUAAAGAUCAAGAUAUUCUCUCUGUUUAUCAUUUUUUACUUUAAGAGUAGCUGGUCCUUGGCACAGUAUUUCUUGAAUCUAUCUUUGUGAUUGUAUUUGUUUACUUUAAAUCAGGAGAUGAAGAGGUUAUAUCUGAUUUCUAGUACUCAAUUUGGAUUAGAGCUAGUUUAAAUUUCAUUGGCUAUGUGCUUAUCACAGUAUAUGCUUUUAGUAGAUUUAGAAUGAAAAAGAUACUCAUCUAUUUUUUAAGGGCUAAUUUCUUCUUGCAAAUCAUGGUAUUUAUAUUCAUGAUUGUUUAGCUCUUUGUGGUUGAAGAAUCACAUUAUAAGAGAUUUUUUGAAUACUGGAUUUUAAUCUUGAUUUGUAUGGAGUUCAGCUAUUUAUUGACAUCACUUUUCCAAUUCAUUAUUGUUAAGGUUAGAGAUUCAAAUUAUAUGGAUAUUGAGAAGCGUAAGUCCUAAAAGCUACUUGAGUCUCAUCAGCUAAGAGAAGAUACCUUAAAAGAAGGUGAUGAAGAUGAUUACAUUGAGUUUGACGAAGACUUUUACUCAGUCACUUUUGUUUCACUAUACAAAAAGAGUCUUUAAAAAACUGAAAAACUUUUGGCAUCUCAGGAUAGUAUAAAUGAAGAUCCAUAUGAAAAUCCUGUAAAGACUGUAGCAUAGAAAAAUCUUGAAAAUAUGAAAGCAGUUCCUCCUGUAACAGAGAUAGAAAUAGCUAAAUGCAUUAGCAAUUGUGUGUUCAUAUUUGUAAUUCAAAUGGGUGUGAUGGGUCUACUGUAUUGGGAGGAGAUUGAUUCAAAGUUUGAAGUAUACACUGGUAAUUUCUAAAUGUUUUUAGCUAGAAUACUCUGUGCUAUUCUGCUACAUAUGUAAAUGGAAGGUGAAAUCAGAAGAUCAAUGACGAUGUUUAACUGUGCUAGACACAAUAUACCCUCUAAGAAUUAGAACAAUAGAUUCCCAAUGUUUAUGGUUGCUUUACUAUAAUUCUCAGCUGCAAUUGUCGUUGAGCUAUUUAAUAUUUACCUAAUUUGCCAACAGAAUAAGAUUGAAAGCAUCGUACUUAACUAUAUUGCUCUUGGCUUUAUUGCUGAGAUCGAUAACCUUUAUGCAAAGACUUUGUAUAAAAACAAAAUUAAGGAGUCUAUAUGCAAUGGAGAUGUUAAGAUCAUAAUUGAUAAGUAACACAAUAAGUAUUUUGAUGUGAUUAGAUGGUAUUAUCCUUCAACAUUUAUCUAUAGAAUUAUGGAGAUAUUCUAUGGGUCCUACUAUUACUAUUUCAUGCCAUUUACAAUUAUCAUUCUAAAUACAGUUUAUGGCUCUAUUUGCAAGCCAGAUCCAUCUGAGGACUGA